CGUCGAUGUAGCAAAUCUUGCCAGUCAUGAAGCAAUUCUAUCGCACAAAGUCUUGCGCAGAAGUCUAUAACUCGAAGCAGUUUCUCAUUCUGGCGCCCGUUGAAAGGAAAGAUGUCGCAAUUCCACAAUGAAUUUGAUAGCUUUCCAGUCAGCCCACUGACAACAUGCCCAAUUCAUUCAUCAACGUAUCCCGUUUCUCCGAUGAUGGCUUUGAUGAUGAUGGCUUGCAUGCUGGUUGUUGGAGUCGGAUUAGGACCACACUUUCAUCUUUCAUACUCAUUCUAAAGGGGUUUUUUUUUUAUUGUUGGGAAUGGAUCAAAGCAACUACCUCAACCCCGAAGCUAACACUCUCUUCUGGAAUACCGACAUCUACAAACUUAGAACUUCCUCAGCGCCCAAGCUUUCACCAUAAAGAAGAACCCUUGCUAUGGGACCACGGGCUGCAAUCGACUAAUGACUCGACUUCCCCAUGGUCUUUGCCAGGAAUGCUGCCAACCUCAGACUUAGGGCUUCCUCAGUGCCCAAGUCCUGUUUAUCGCCGAAAUAAGCACUCACCAUGGAGUAUGGGGCUACAAUCGACCGAUUUCUCGGCGUCUCGGGCCAUGUCAAUGCUUGGCACGCUGCCACCUGCAAACUUACCACUUCCCCAGCACCGAGACUCUAUUUAUCGCGAUGAGGUGUACGAGGGCACUGUUCAUUUGCCACAUGUAUAAGCAUAUCUUCUAUCAGUUUAUCGCCCUACACCAUCAUGCUAUAUAUGCUCACCCAUUGUUUGUUUUACACAGCGACAGCGCUCGGGGAUCCAAAUUGAUAUCUCUCGGACCCUCGGGUUCGAUUUUGUCGAGGUGCAUAGCGAUGUGAAGGUGGUGCAUUAGCGUGUGGGGGCGCGUGACGGGAUGGGGAAGUGGGUACAACUAUCCAAUUUGGCUUAGCCGGCUAUGAAGUUCCAACUUCUUAAGCUAUUUGUUGUCGCAGCCCCAAACACUUUCUUUUAGGAUCAUUUAUCUAUCGUUUUGGAAUUCUCAAUCUGUCAAACUAGCUUUCACAAUGGAGCAAGUCAAUAAUCCGGACCAUGGUACCUGUUCAUACCUUCUCAUGCGACAGUAUAAUGAGUAUGUUUGCCUUACCCACAAAGUCUCUGGACUAGAGCAGGCUUUUUCUAAGCUGCAGCGGGAUUUCUCCAAGCUCAUGGGAGUUGUCUCUCGGCAAGCAAGCUCUCAUGGUGAAUUGAAGACGCUCGAUACAUAUGAGGCAGACAACGCGCAUAACACUCACAAGCACGACGCUGAACACGGCAUAAAUCAAGAAAUGCCCGAUACGCAUGAGAUCAACAACUCGCACGGUACACACAACACUAACGACACUGAGACGCAGCAGACAACAGCCGCCCGGAGGAAUCCAAUUGUGAUGGGCGGACACAGCGAUGCCUCCGAGAUCAUGGGGGUUAUCUCUCGGCUGGCAAGCUCUGUCGGAGAACCAGAUGGCAGGAUGCACAAUGCAAACCUAGAGACGGUCGACACGCUUGAGACAGACAACAAAGAUGACGCGAAUGGCACACAUGACGCUGAUGAGAUACAACAGACAGCAGCUGCUCAGGGAAAGUCAAUCAUCGGACGCAGCAAACAACCCCAGCGAAAUCUUCACAGUCGUCGCAAUCGUCCGAAGAAACAAAAUUGCAAGAGCUGUAACCAGGUACUCAAGGCAAAGGGAAUGCAUCAGCACUAUCUGGACAUGCACGGAGGACACCUUUGCAUGCAAUGUGACGAAGUAUUUCAAACAAAGGAUGACCUUAAAGAUCAUACCAAAAAGCAGCACUAUGAAGUCUGCCAAAUAUGCAAUAAGAACUUCACAAACCGUUCAAACCUUCUCCGACAUCGCCGACAACAACAUCCAAACCAUCGAAGUCAAGCUACAACUUCGGCAGCUACGCAAUUUAGUGACUACCAUAACUCCACAGCGGCAGAACAACAUCCACGAUCGCUUCCACCACAACCGACCGCCGCUUCAUUGAUGCAAACCGUGGAACAAGAUGGGCUGGGCGGAACAGAUGACCCUUUGUUAGGCAUGUUGACUGAUGUUAGAAGCUUGCCCUUGGGUCCUCACUGCGAAGACAUGGAGGUAUGGGAUCUCGAAGGUUUGGAGGAAUAUAUGCCUGUGUUUAGGCAGGCUGACAGCUCAGUUGAACUAUUUGCAUAACAUGAUCUCCUAGACUAUAUCACAAGCUUUGAAUUGACAAGAGUACUCGGAGACCUGCAUUCAUCGGAAGCAAAGUAGGUAAACCGCAUCAGAAACCCAAGGCGCCCAUGGUAGUUUAUACGCAUAGCCGAAUUUCAAUUCACUCCUUGGUAACUCCUGGUCCCUCGCAAUGUCCACUCGUCGGCCGUCAUCAAGUGGAACUCGUAUGGCGAUCACCGGUCCAGUGCCUAUGAAGCCCUCAUUGUCGCGUCGAUAGAGCUUAAUGUACCGCGGAGCCUAUCUUUCAAGUUAGAAAGUACUAGAGUUGUGGACAGGCAGAUCUUACCUCCAGUUUUAGAUGCUUUCCAAUUUUCUGGACAUGUGCAGGAUUCACAUUCAUUGUCACGAUUGAGAGUGCUGUGUGGGGUCUCCUUCGUAUUUCAUAUUCGGGAAUUUUGACAAGUUCUUCCAGCUCUGCCUUGCUGUCGUCGUCCAGAAGCACUGGUUCAGGGAUUUCCAUUGUCUCAAACAAAAUAAGGCGAUCCGGAGUAGGAUAUUCGUUGUUGGUUUGGUUGGAACACGUCUUGCCGCGACGUUGUGAUGGCGAUGAGGAAAUUUUGGGUUUGGAGGGGUUUGGCCCCACUGUAAGGUUGCUAGGGCUUAGCCUUAGAGCAUGUUGGCCGCUACGGCCGCUGCGGCUAACUUGAGUCACC